AUGUCUGCUCCUCUUCGUAUCCAGUCCUGGCGGGCAAUCGAGACCCUCCAAAAUGCGACACAGCUCUCGCGCUUCUCAAGAGCCCCCAAUCCCAGAGUCAGCCAGCUCUUCAACCCGAUGACCAAAAGAGCAAUCAGCUACACCACCAAAAACCAGAACAAUCAAUCCACCACUAAGCCCUCCCCCUCACCCUCAUCCUCCGCCACAAAGCCUGCACCCUCAGCUUCAACACCCAUCCCAACAGGCGUCCCCGCAUCCCGCGUCCCAGGCUCAACCCCCAGCCGCGCAACAACCGAAAACAUCUCCAAAACAGGCCUAUCAGACAAACCCCUCGAGCUCGAGAGCCCAGCCGAAGAAAGAAUCGACUGGACGCGCUCCUUCCAUGGUCUAUCCGCCGAACCGUUCCCCAAAAAAGCAGCCGAUAUCCUGCUGGCCGAGACGGAACCGGACGAGGUCGAGAUCAAGCCCGAUGGUAUCCUCUACCUUCCGGAGAUCAAAUACCGACGGAUUCUCAACCGCGCUUUUGGGCCUGGUGGGUGGGGUCUCGUGCCGCGGAGUGAGAGUAUCGUUACGCCGAAGACGGUGACGAGGGAGUAUGCCCUUGUUUGUAAUGGACGCCUCGUCUCCGUCGCCCGCGGUGAACAGGACUACUUCUCCCCGGACGGAAUCCCCACUGCUACGGAAGGCUGUAGAUCGAACGCGCUCGUGCGCUGCUGCAAGGAUCUAGGUAUUGCGAGUGAACUGUGGGACCCGCGCUGGAUCCGCAAGUACAAGGCCAAGUACACGCGCGAGGUAUUUGUUGAGCAUGUGGUUAAUAAGAGGAAGACUAAGAUCUGGAUUCGGAAGGAUGAUCCUGUUGGAUAUCCCUGGAAGGAGACUGGAGGUAAAUAG